UGGCGGUUUGGAGCGGCCGUGGUACCUCUGCAACCCGGACCCCGCGGCCCGGCCCACAGUCCUGCCAUGUCCUCGUUGCUGGAGGUGAAGAGUAGCAUGAUACGCCAAGUGCAGGGUCGCCCGGCUGCCCGUCGCAAGCUGGACCAGCCUGAUGUCCAGGGGCCUGCCUCCGCAGCCUGGCCGGGGAGCGGUGUGGAGACAGUGGACGUGUUUGCUCAGAUGCGCCAGGUGCUGAGGACUGGGGAGAGUCGGCGGGGGCGAGGACUUCCGCACCCUGAGGUGGUCCUGCGCAGUGGCUCGCCUCCACCUGCAGAGCCUGUGGACCCAGCCCGUGGGCUGGCAGCGCUGUCCCCGGAGGAGGUGGAGAUGCUCUACCAAGACGCCUUGUACACGGUUCUGCAUCGCGCGGGAACCAUGGAUCCCCACCACGUGGACGACCAGGAGGCCCUGCUGCUGUACCUGCAACAGGUGUUUCACAGCAGCCCUGAAGAGCACGCCAAAGCCCUGGAGCAUGUGCAGAAGGCCAAGGCCCCCACCUAUGCCCUCAAAGUGUCCGUGAUGCGUGCCAAGAACCUACUGGCCAAAGACCCCAACGGCUUCAGCGACCCCUACUGCAUGCUGGGCAUUGUGCCAGCCACGGGGACCCUCCAGGAACCCAGUCCUCACAAAGAGCAGCGCUUCAGCUUCCGCAAGGGAAGUAAGCGAGGCGGUCAGCCCCCCACCAAGUGGAUGCAGGUCACCGAGGUCAAGAGCAGCACCCUGAAUCCUGUCUGGGAGGAGCACUUCCUCUUUGAGAUUGAGGAUGUCAGCGGGGAUCAACUUCACCUCGACAUCUGGGACCAUGAUGAUGAAGUGACUCUGGGGGAGGCCUGCCGGAAGCUGAAUGAAGUUAUUGGCUUGAAGGGCAUGAGCAGAUACUUCAAGCAGAUUGUCAAGUCAGCGCGAGCCAAUGGGACAGGAGGGUCUGCUGAUGAUCACAGCGAUGAUUUCCUUGGCUGCCUCAAUAUACCCGUCCGGGAGGUGCCAGUGGCAGGUGAGGAUCGCUGGUUUAGGCUGGAGCCACGCUCCAGUGCCUCCCGGGUGCAAGGCGACUGUCAGUUGGUGCUGAAGCUGAUCACCACGCAGAGGGACACUGCUAUGAGCCAGAGUGGGCGCUCAGGCUUCCUGUCAUACCUCUUGCUGCUCAGCCGGCUGCUGCAGUUCGAGCUCGGGGCAGAGCAGGCCAACCCCAGCAGCUGGCAAGGGGAGCUGAGUGGGGCAGCGGCCACUGUGCUCUGCCUGCAUGGUGCCCAGAACGACUUGUCGCCACUGCAGCUGGCCGUAUUGCACUGGCAGGUCAGUAGCCGCCACCAUCAGACCUGCACCUUGGACUACAGCUACUUGCUAGGGCUGCUGGAGGAGAUGCAGGCGCUAUGGGAGGAGGCAGCCUCGCUGGCGCAGGACCAGGAAGAGAGCCUGGCCCACAGCUUCUCAGCCUUCUCAGAGUUCGGGUUGCAGCUGCUGCGCGGGCUCCGGGACUACUUUCCUGCUGCCAACAGCAGAGCUGUGGACCGCCUGGAGCAGCUGUUAAGGUGUCUCAGCAAGCUGCAGCUCUUCCGAUCCUCCCUGGAGAACUGCCCGUCCGUGAUAGACCUAAGCUCGGACAUCACAGCAGCUAUCAAGAAAGGCAAUCGUGACUGGUUUGACCGACUCCUGGAUGCCAAGAGUCCUCGCAAGCAGCUUGGUCCUCAGCGCCUGGCGGGGCUGGUGGAGCUGGCGGAUGCCCUCUACGAGGACCUGCAGUCCUGCUACAGCGUCUACGACAGCAUCUUCCGCAGCAUCAUCAAGAUGGAUUUCUUCAUCCUGACCUUCCGGCAGCUGGAGCAGCUGGUGGCUGAGGAGACGUGGGUGCUGACCAAGGAGCUGAGCCCCAAGAUGACCCUGGAGGUGGCCUCGAAGCUCUUUGAGCUCUACCUGACCCUGGCCGAUCUCCAGCGCCUCUGGGACUGUGUCCCUGACCGGGAUUCCAGCGCUUUGGCCCUUGCGGACAUCCAUGUCCCAUUUUUGCCGGCUGUGAAGCUUUGGCUGCAGGCCCUGCAGGAGCAGGUCAAGUGCAGGCUUCAGAGUGCUGUGGAAGGGGACACGCUGGAGCCCACGGACACCUCGUCCAAGCACAGCAGCUCCGCCGCCACAGCCAGCCUGUGCUUCAGUCACACCCAGGAGCUGUGGGUUCGCCUGGCAUGGCCUGACCCCGCACAGGCCCAGGAGCUGGGCACGCAGCUCAGCCAGGACCUAUGUGAGGCCGCACUCUUCUACACAGAACAGCUGCGCAGGAAAGCGGAUGCAGAGCCUGGUGCUGCUGGUUGCACCCUGAGUGAGCAGCUCUGUGUGGUCCUAAAUAAUGUGGAGUUUAUACGCAAGGCGGCAGGACAGGCGCUUCGAGGCCUGGCCUGGCUAGAAGGGUCAGAGCUGCUACAAGGGGGUCUCCCCCGGCCCCUGCUGAGCUGCUCCCAGGCCCUGGAUGAAGACCUGCAGCGGGAGGCACACACAGUCACUGCACACCUGACCUCCAAGAUGGUGGGUGACAUCCGGAAGUUCGUGCAGCAUGUCGGCCUCUCUCCUGACUCCAUCCAAAAUGAAGAGGCUGUGGCCCCACUCCUCAAGUACCUGGAUGAGAAGCUGGCACUGCUGAAUGCCUCGUUGGUGAAGGGGAACCUCAGCAGGGUGCUGGAGGCGCUCUGGGAGCUGCUCCUCCAGGCCAUCCUGCAGGCUCUGGGGGCCAACCACGACGCCUCUGCUGACUUCUACGAGCGCUUUCACUUCACACUGGAGGCCCUGGUGAAUUUUUUCCACGCCGAGGGCCAGGGCCUGCCCUUGGAGAGCCUGAGGGACGGCAGCUACAAGAAUCUGGAAGAGGAACUGCGCCUGCACCAGUGCUCCACACGCGAGUGCAUCGAGCAAUACUACCUGGACAAGCUCAAACAGGCCCCACAGAACCGCUUCGGGCGCCUGAAUGUGCGCUGCCACUAUGAAGUGGCUGAGCAGCGGCUGGUGGUGGCGGUGCUGCAUGCUGCAGACCUGCCACCCCUGGACGCCAAUGGUCUGAGCGACCCCUUUGUGAUCGUGGAACUGGGUCCUCCACAUCUCUUCCCGAUGAUACGCAGUCAGAGGACGCAGGUGAAGAGCCGCACGCUGCACCCCGUGUUUGAUGAACUCUUCCACUUCUCCGUGCCUGCUGAGGCCUGCCGCCGCCGUGCCGCCUGCGUGCUCUUCACCGUCAUGGACCAUGACUGGCUCUCAUCCAACGACUUUGCUGGGGAGGCGGCCCUGGGCCUGGGGAGCAUCAGCGGGGUGGCAAGGCCCCAGGUGGGGGGUGGCCUGAGGGCUGGACAGCCCAUCACACUGUACCUGCGCCGGCCUCGAGCCCAGGUGAGGUCGGCGCUAAGAAUGCUUGAAGGACGCCCUAGCAAAGAAGCACAGGACUUUGUGAGGCGGCUGAAGGAGUUGGAGAAGAGCAUGGAGGCCGACCCCUGAGCCUGGUCGGCUCACCCGCCUGCCUGCCACCCCUUUGCUCUGUGUUGUAUCCUGUGCGCUUCCUUCCUUUGCCCCUAUGCUGACUUAGAUGAUAGCUCCAGGGGCCCAGAAUCUGCCCUGGACUGUGUGGGGUAGGCCUGGCCCCAGGUGAGUGGGGGUUGCCAGGUCUUGUCUAGAGACAUGCUGGGGUGAAAAGUUAGGCCAGACAUAGAAGCUCCAUCCUCAUGGUGCCCAGUGGGCAUUUGGAGGCAGCUGUAAGUACCAGUAUAUGUGGUUCUUGUGGACACCCCAUUCUGCUGGGCCACCCAGGUCCUCCCAGGCCAGAUGUAGAAAGAAAUACUCCAGGGUUUGCUUGGCCACAGCUUCAUUGGAAGGGUCCCACACAGCCCCAGGCCUGGGAGAAUUGAGCAUUGGUGCUGUCCCAGGCCUGUCACCCAUCAGGCCCACACCCCACAUGCUGCCACUGUCCUGCCUGCGAAAUACAACUGUGUGCAAGCUCA